CAUAUCUUCACUUUGACUGGAGGACUUGCUCACUUCACAGCUGCUAUAGGACUGAGAUAUUAAGCUGAAUUUCAAAGAGACUGUGAUACUUGGUGUGAAAAGCAGGAAAUAUUUCUUUUUCUUUGUCUGUAAUUUUACAGGUCAGAAGCUGCAGCCUCAGCAGGCACCGAACUGCUCAAGAUGUUGAAUAAACUCCUGCAAUAUGUCCGUAGUGGAAAAAUCGGCACCACUGGCACAGGCAUCGGGAUUUUCUUCGCAUUUAUGUAUCUGCAGGCCAAGAUGUGCGCUUGCUCAGGCCACACUUUUGAUUGCAAUGAAAUGGUGGUCGUGCCUGUUUUUUUAGUAUUUUUCCUGGUGCUCCUGAUAGACCAGACAUUUCGGAGCACAGCGGAGCAUCCAUCCACGUUUUUAUGCCUUGUACUCAAGCGCGUUAUCAGAGCAUUUCUAAUCAGUCUGCUGUGGAUUGUAGCUGUGUUGCUUUUCACAGACUGGUAUAGUUGCUGUACCACUGAUGAAAAAAAGAGGAAGCUGUUCUGCAAACCUGAGAGUCUCACGGCUGAUGAAAAAGCUCAAAUACCUGAGCUGCAAAUGAAGUCAAAGCUUGCUGCUUACUCUCUGCUCCUCAGCAUGACUGUUGUCGCUUUCUUCAUGACUUGGAGUGGGUGGAGAAAAUGGUUUAAAAAAAAAUACAGUUGGUGCAACAAGAAAACUUUUUACUACAAACUGAUUUUGGAAGAAGAGAAAAAAGUUCUGGAGGAGCUUUUGAGGAAAGAAGCAAAUGAAACUCUGACUAAAGAAAUCACGAGCAACAUAAAAAGGAAAGACUGGGACGGCUGUUUAAAUGUUGCUCAACAAAUGAUCAGUAAUGCAAAACAUCAAAAACCAGAAGCAACCAACCAGCAGAUCAACUGGAUCAGUGAGGGGAGCUCCAGCAGAGGGGGACAGCAUCAUCAAGAAGCAGCACAUCAGCAGGCACAAAAGUAUGAACUCCAAGCAUUGUCACAAGAGAUCUUAUCCUGAUGAUGGGAAAACUGGACCACUACAUGAAGUGUUCUCAAGCACAUCCUAAAGAUUCUCAGUGAGGAACAGGCGUAGACAUGAAAAUGAUUUCAAGCUACCUUAACCACUGUACAUCAGGAAUAAAAAAUAAAAUAAUGUGGUUCUGUAUAUUCAAGUAUUCACCUUAACUAAUUUUUUGGGCACCUAACAUUGUUGAACCUAGAUCUCCAAUCCAAUCAGAAGACUCUUACCUCUUAUCCGUUUUUUAUGUGAUAGUGUUAAAAUAGUAUUUAGUGUUUUCUAGCUGUUUUCUUUUCUUACUGCACAGUAAGAAGAAAGUCUGCUGCAUCCGUUUUAUAAUGAAAUGUGAAAUUGCAAAGAAAUUGAAAUUGUGGACCCUGCAGUGGCUGUUACAUAAUGUGAACCUGUAUGUGUCUGCCAUGAACAACUAAUCAGAGAGGAAAACUCAAGCAGUCAACCCACCAAUCCAAGCACCAGAACAUAAACUGACAGGGCAUGCAUACAAAACUGUACAAGAGUAAUAAUAAGAA